CCUGCCCUUAUCUUUCGCAUAAGUGGCAGCUGGAAUGCCCCUCAUUUCAUCCCUCACUGCCAUUUGUGUAUUCUCACGCCCUCGUUUCUCAUCGCAUCCCGUCACUCGCUUGAAGGCAUCUCCACCAUGAAGGAACCUCAACCCCCCGCCAUCGGCGUCAGCAACAGCCCCUCUGCUUUCAACGCCGCAAAACCCCUUCGGUUCCUCGUGAUCGGUGCCGGAUCGCGGGGAACGGCCUAUGCUCGUGCCGUCACGACCACGACCUCUGGGGUCAUUCACGCCGUCGCUGAGCCCCACGCGUUCAAGCGACAGGAGUUCGGCCGCAGCUUCAUCUGGACCGAGAAGGACAGCCCGCAGGAGGGCCAGGAAUUCAAUGACUGGCAGGAGUGGCUGCAGUGGGAGCUCAAGCGCCGGCAGCAGAAUCCACUCGCUGCCCAGCCACCAGGUGUGGACGGCGUCUUCAUCUGUACCCUCGAUGAGACUCACAUCGAGAUUCUCCAGGCCAUUGCCCCGCUUCAACUGCAUGUCCUCUGCGAAAAGCCGCUGGCCCUGUCCCUGGACGACUGUCUCACGGCUUAUCGAGUUUUCGGUGGACUGGCUCCAUCUACGAUCUUCUCAAUCGGCCACGUGCUCCGAUAUAGCCCGCACAAUAUCCUCCUGCGAAAGCUCCUGCUCGUCGACCGCGUGAUCGGAGACAUCGUCUCUCUCGAGCACUGCGAGCCCGUUGGAUGGUGGCAUUUUGCUCACAGCUACGUGCGCGGUAAUUGGCGACGCCAGACCCCCGCGGGCGACGGGUCUCUUCUCACCAAGUCUUGUCAUGACAUCGAUUUUAUCCUCUGGUUGCUCUGCUCUCCGCUACCCCCGUCCGAGGACGACGCAACCGAGAUCACGGAGAACUAUUCGCUCCCGCAUCUCCCCCGUUCCAUUUCCUCGACUGGCGCUCUCACCCAAUUUCGUCCUGCGCGGAAACCAGCCACCGCAGGCACCGCCACCAACUGUCUCUCCUGCCCGGCCGAGCAGGACUGCAAUUACAGCGCACUCAAAAUCUACCGUGACCUACAUGUGAAGCAGUCGAUCUUCGACUGGCCGGUGAACAUCGUCUGUCCCGACAUCGAGGACGUAGUCCGUCCAGCCUUAGCAGCAACACCCUCCGACAGUGACGCCACAAAAUCAGCCGCGGUCGAGGCCGCAGAAACGCACCUCCUCCGCCGGCUGGGCGAAGAUUACUCCCGGGAAAACAUGACGGACGAGGAAAUCGCCGCGAGACCGUGGUACGGUCGGUGCGUCUACGACGGCGACAACACCGUCUGCGACGAUCAGAUCGUCACCAUCACCUGGGAUGACGAACAGCCUUCCCCUCCUUCCCGGAUCCCAACCUCUCAGCAUCCCCUUCGCACUGCCAAAACCGCUUCUUUCCACAUGAUCGCGCCCACCGAGAAGCAAUGCGAGCGGCGCGGCCGAGUCUACGGCACGCACGGCGAGAUCUCCUACGACUCGCGCACCAUCUCCAUCUACAGCUUCGCCACGCGGUCGACCACCACGGUCGAAGUGCCUCGGCAGCCGCCCGAGGAAGAGAAGUCGCACGGCGGCGGAGACUACGGGUUGGCGCGCAGCUUUGUGCGGGCGGUGGACGCCGUCGUGAAUGACGGGUGGGAGGUGCAGCGCGCGCAGAGACACUUUGUCGGCUGUACGCUGGAGGAAGCGGUCCGCAGCCAUGCGGUGGUGUUUGCUGCCGAGGAGGCGAGACGAGACGAGAAGGUGGUGAAGUGGAAGGAGUGGUGGGAGGAGAAGGUGCGACAGGUCUGAUCGUCAUGACCUCCUGCCAAUGGUGUGGUUACUUUGGAAUGAGGUUGGUUUAAUGGUUUUACGACGUGAUGACUGGUCUCCUUGAAUAUUUGUUUAUUUACCGCCAGAUAUGGUACGGUAUGAUAUGAUAUGAUAUGAUUAUAUUAUUUACGAAUCAAAACGAUGACGUGACGAAUCAAUCAAC